AUGGCGGCGUCCAAUGGCACAACUGGGGAUGUUUCAUUCAUUUAUCAGCAAAUCUUCAAGGUAGACAUGGAUGCUGGGCCCAGGACUAAAAUUUCAGUGAUUCUGUUAAUAUCCCUGUUCUUCUUUUUGGUAAACUGUGUGAUGCUCUUUGCUCUAGGAAGCAAGCGCGUAUUCCAUGAGACGCCGCGCUACAUUCUUUUUGGCCACAUGCUUGUGAAUGACUCUGUGCUUUUGCUGCUCACAACUACCAUGUACACAAUGGGAACAUUUUACAUUCAAGUAACCAGAACCGUCUGCACUCUGUUAGUUUUUAUCUCCUACUGCUCUUUCCGUAACGCUCCUCUGACUCUCGCACUGAUGUCGCUGGAGCGGUAUGUGGCAAUCUGCUUCCCUCUGAGACACUGCAACAUCGCCACACCAAAAAGGACUGGAAUCGCCAUAGGAAUCAUCUGGUUCCUUAGUUCUAUAAAUAUUAUAAUAGACAUUAUUUUUGUUUUAAUUGUCAACCCCAGUUUGUUUGUAGAUGUUUUAUUUUGCACACAAGAGAAAUUGUUUUUAUUCAAAUGGCAGCUGGAUAAAACUCAAGGGUUUGAUGUUCUUUAUUUUGUGUCGGUUGCAGUGAUCAUCAUUUUCACAUACAUUAGCAUUAUGAUCACUGCUCGGUCUGUUUCCUCUGAUAAAGAUUCAGCUAAAAAAGCCCUCAGAACGGUGCUGUUGCACUUGAUUCAGCUGGGACUGUGUCUCACCUCUUUCCUCUAUGCCACGAUAAACAAAGCACUAUACAUGGUGACUGACAGCUCUUCUCUCUUCAUAAAUCUCAGAUAUCUAAAUUUUCUUAUUGUUCUUAUGCUGCCACGUUGCUUGAGUCCUCUGAUCUAUGGUAUGAGAGAUGAAGCCGUGUGGCCAUUGUUCAAAUAUUAUUUCUGCUAUCGUUCAGGCAAAGUAAGGCCCUCUGUUAAUGUACAUUAACUGUAUGUUACAAAAGAUGAUUGGAAAAAAGUUAACGUGCAAUAAUAAUUUUAGUUUAC